AUGUCCAUGUGGGACAACCCCGCUUUUGAACACAACCCCCUCACGCGCUAUUGGAAGCGCAUGAUGAAGCAUAGCGGCGAGACACUGUCUGCGCAGAGCAUUCCCCGCCACAUCCAUGGCUACCUUGAGGCCACAAAUCCUCGUACCGAGAGCCUCGUUCGGUGGUUCCCCUACAAACAGCAGAUGACAGUUGACGGGCGAAAUGUUCCGACAGUUGGGGAUGUGAUUUACUCCCAUUAUUUCCCACGUGAACUAGACGAUGACGAACGUGUCAAGUAUAUCUCUAUUAAGACUGACCGCUCGGAAUUAGAGGUGGCGGAAGAACUGUUUCUCAUGCGCAAAAUGAAGCUGUUUGUGGCUCAACUGUUGCGAAACAAGCUGCGGAGUCGUCCCUUGCGUAUGCCUGAGGGUGUGGAUUACUCUGGCAUUGAGCGGCGCUACACGCUCGGUAUUGCAAAAGUGGCUCAGGCAAUGGGAAUGAGCAUGUACGGUACCCAUUCGUACGAUCCGGCGAUUGUGUAUUCUCCUUAUUGUGAUUUCGGCGAUUGUAUUGAUUGCAUCUGCACCAAGCAACUACGAACAUCAACGCAGUACCUAUUGUGUGAGAUUGCACUACACCGUGGCAUCGCACGCAGCCGACUGACAGAUGUGAAGGGGGAGCCAAAAGAGCCGUUGCAGGACAUUGAACCGUGUAUGUUUGAGUUCAUCAAGUUGCGUCUAGCUAUCUUGGCGCUAGUGGCGAAACAAGAGCAUUAUGUUGUCGACCACCAAUUUGACAGCGGUCACAGGUACGGCGGCUGCUUGAUUCACCUAUUUCCCUCGCCGCUGGACCCGGAGCUGAUUGACCACGAGGUGCAGCACAUUGAGCUUGACCUCGACCUGGCGCAGCGGUGGAUGAAACACUAUUACGAUCACUAUGUUGGGCCGAGGCGAUCCGGUUCCUCUUAG